AUGAGAUUUGGUCAGAAAGCUCUUGCAACAUUUUUUUUCCUGACUUGGAUUGCUAUUACGGCGAAUUCAUUGUGGUACUGCGUCACAUUGAAAUGGGCGUUCGACUACCAGAACAGAUGUCUAAAUAACGAUCGUACAGGUUUCUGUAGUGCACCGGAUACUUCAAAGCCGUCAACUACGAAGGCGAGUUCGCAAAAAUCUUCUCUAGAUACAUCAAAGUCUCCCCAAGCUAAGAAAGUUGAAGCGCCGCCAUCAAAGCUAGCGACUCAUUCGCAGAAUGCAGGUUAUACUUCUAGUGUCCCAAAGGCCAGUUCCCCAGGGUCUAUUUCUCAAACUAAAGAGGUAGAAAAACAGAUUUCAAAACCAUCCGAUGCGCUUCAACCAUCGGGUGCAUCGUCUGGUAAGGAUUCUCAGUCUUUACCUGCAGCUAAGAAAGCGUCUAAGGAUGAGCCAGGAAGUGGCUUAUCGCCACAAGAUAGGUCUAAAUCAGCAGUAUCUUCGCCAGAGAGUUCUCCUAAAGGUGCAGAUGCUAAAUCGUGGUUCCCCCCUGUAGUGAGAUCUACGACUGCGGACUUCCCACCUAAAGACCCAGAGUCAAGAUCGUCUGGCUCACCGUCGGAGAAAGUUACGCCGGCGAUUAAGCCGUCUGAGAAGAAACCUGGACUGGAUGAGAUUUCCCCGGGGGGUAAAGGCCCGUCAUUGGGAUCCAAACCCGAUAGCAUGUCUACUAAAACGGAAGUUGUGCCUCAGUCUACACCAGCGGCUAAAUCAACCCCUGUCUUGGAACCUACCCCUGCCUCGGAACCUGCUCCUGUCUUGGAGCCUACUACGGAACCUUCACCCGUUCCGAGUCCAUCUCAUGUGGAGAAAUCCCCUGCCGUUGCCACUAAAGCUGCUAAGACUAAAACCAAAAAGCGUCAGGAAGGUAUAAAGAAGCUGUAUAAUGUAAAACCUAUGGGUUUUGACGAGAGUUGGCAAUAG